AUCACGUUUAUUUUGUGAGGUGUUAUUUUCUAGCUGUUUGUUUCUCGAGAAAAUUUUACCGAGCGAAAAAUGGCAACGGAGGAGGGACAAGUUUUCAGCUGCCACACUGUGGAGGCAUGGGAGCAGCAGCUCCAAAAAGGCAACGACUCCAAGAAGCUGAUGGUUAUUGACUUCACUGCUUCUUGGUGCGGACCAUGCCGCUUCAUCGCACCAUUCUUGGCAGAGUUGGCUAAGAAGCUGCCCGAUGUCAUAUUCGUAAAGGUCGAUGUCGAUGAAUUGAAGACGGUCGCGCAAGACUGGGCGGUAGAGGCAAUGCCGACGUUCAUGUUCCUGAAAGAAGGGAAGAUCGUGGACAAGGUGGUCGGAGCGAAGAAGGACGAGCUGCAGCAGACGAUUGCGAAGCAUCUGGGCACUGCUUCUGCCUGAAUGUCAUAAAUACCGAUCAAUCUAGACUAUACUAUAGCAAACUGCACACAUGGCCACAGACCUUAUGAUGUGCAAGUAAUGUAGACUUAUAUUUUAACCUUCUGAGUCCUGACUCUGUCCUGAGUAUUGUGUGUGGUAUUUUUCAUAUGGUUGUUACAUAAAUGCAGUUCUAUCUAGCUCAUACAUGGUUUGGAUA